CCUUGGUGACAUAGUUCACCACAACACGGGACCACAUUCUAAAUAAUAACGCUUGGUUUAUUUUCUCAAAGAAAAAAACAAACAGUAGGUCCAUAUGUAGUACUGUUGCUCUAUUAACGGCGGUGGGUGUGUUCCGGUGAGAAAGCGGCCAUGCCUUUUAACGGUUCAUUCAUUUUCGCGGGUAUCAGCUGCGCGCGCUGCCGUCGUCGGUGAGCAGAGCACGCGCCCGUCUGAACCCCUCCCCGGUCCUCAGAGCCGCUCUGACUGUGGUCCAGGAGGGACGUGGUCCGCCGUGUCUGGAGGGACGUGGUCCACGGUGUCUUGGGGACCUGGUCCGCCGUGUCUUGGUGGUCCACCGUGAGCCCGGCUCCCUGUCUGAGAGGCUGCCCGUCGGAGAUGUAACUGCACUGUUUCUGUCCGUGUCGUCGCAGCACACGGCAUAGAACACCGUGCAUAGAUCUGCCCCCGCCCCUCUUCAGACCUGUUGUGUGCUGUGGGGCCGGUCAACGGAGCCUCCUUCCAGGGACCAUCACAGAGCAGAUGAGCCAUCGCUCUGGGAGACGUGCUCCUUCCUGUGCAGGAUAGGGAGCAUCUUGUUCAUCUGUAGUUGACGGCCUCAUUCCUGUUACCAAGUUACGUUUUCUCUAGCGCUGGCCGUAUCAUGACCCAACCCAGACGUGACUCCGCCGCCGUCGGGCCCAGAGCGUGAGGCGGCCCUCUCCGUCCGGCACCAUGGGGUGCGUGUGUGUGCGUGCGAGGGACUGAGUGGCGGCGGCGGGGGAACCCCCGGCGCGGCAUGCUGCAAGCGGCCGCUCAGCAUGACUCUGCUGGACGUGUGGCUGUCUCGCUCGCUCCCCAUGUGGCUGCUGCUCCAGAGCCUGGUGCUCAUGGCUCUCUGCUUCCCCUCGGCCAGCAUGUGCCCCAAGGGCUGCGUGUGCCAGCGCUUCGACCUCCACCACCUCCACCUGCACCACCAGGGCCUCAACGUCAACUGCAGCCAGUCCCGUCUGAAGGAGAUCCCCGGCGACCUGCCCGUGGACACCGUGGUCCUCCGGCUGGACCGCAACCACAUCGCCGCCGUGCCCGACCGCGUGUUCCGGGGCCUGGCGCUGCUGCGGGAGCUCAACCUGUCCUACAACGCCGUGGAGACGCUGGGCGAGGGCGCCUUUAGCGGCGUGGAGGCCACGCUGCAGGUGCUGGACCUGUCGCACAACCGCAUCGCCAGCGUGCACAAGGACGCCUUCGCGCGGCUGAAGGCGCGCGUGGUGGUGGACGACAACCCCUGGCACUGCGACUGCGCCCUGCAGCAGGCCAUCGGCGGCAUGGCGCACAACCACGAGGCGGCGGCACGCGUGCUCUGCCGCAGCUCGGAGCUGCGGGACCAGGAGGGGAGGCCCUUCCUGGCGGUGGACACGGACCUGUGCAACCUGGCCAAGCGCACCACGGACUACGCCAUGCUGGUCACCAUGUUUGGCUGGUUCGCCAUGGUCAUCUCCUACGUGGUCUACUACGUGAGGCAGAACCAGGAGGACGCCCGCCGGCACCUGGAGUACCUCAAGUCCCUGCCAAGCAAGCCCAAGAAGCCCGACGAGGCGGACGACAUCAGCACGGUGGUCUGACCCCCUGGUGGUACGUACGUACGUACAGACGAUGACAUCAGCACGGUGGUCUGACCCCCUGGUGGUACGUACAGACGUACAGACGAUGACGUCAGCGUCGUGGUCUGAGCCCCUGGGCGUACAAACGGACUAACCAGGAAGGAUGUUGAUGUGAUAGGACUGGUUUUUAGUGUCUGUCUUCAAGGUGAUGUGGGUGAGUCUCAACCUGUCUUAGAGCCUGUUUUGUAGAGCUGUGGUCUCACGUGGUUUACAGUGUGUCUCAGUGGGGGGUUACUAGAGAACAACUCAUUACUCCAACUCGGUUUUUUCCUACUUCGCCACAAACUGCCUCCACCGCUUGGAAAAAUUUGAAUCUCAGGUUUAAAUUUUUGAUAGGAAGUAAUGUAUUUUUUAAGAAACUAAUUUGGAAAAACUGUAUAGCAAAAUUAUUUUGUCUGAUAUGAACAGACAUAAGAAUGACCCUAUAGCUGAACGUUUCAACAUUGGGAGAUUGAAACUAAUUCUGUCAAAAGACACAAAACAAUUGUAUGAUAGAAUGACUUUCUUGCCAUUUCAAAUAUAUUUUUAUUUUUAUUAAAAAAUGGUCCAUGACUCAACGAUACAUUUCUUGACAAAUAGAUGUCAGUUUUUACAAACAAUGUUACUCUAAAUGCAUCAUAUAUUUCCAUGCAUGCAAUUCAAAGUUCAUCACUCUGAUGACAAUGAGUCAACAUAUCAUUAAAUUCCUAUUUAGCGAACUGAAUAAUGCAACAAAGUGCAUGUCAAAAA